CUGAGCGCAUGCGUCCACAGGGGUGAGCGUGAACCUGUUUUGCGUUGGGCCCGUUUGGCGCUGGCGCAUGCGCAGUGCAGUAAGCAGCGGUCUCUGGACGCUUGCUUUGUUCAGUGCACAGGCUGAAUCUGUCCAGGGUUGUGCAGUAAAGAAGGCUAUUGCCUGUAGGACCCCUGCCCCAUCUGUUGCAGAAGUUGAAAGCAGUCCCAGUGUAAACUGCAAGUAUUGGCAUAGCAGCUGCACCCAUCCUGUUGGUCUUCCUUACGCAAUCCCACAAUGCUGCUAUCCAGUCUUCAGAGAUCCCAGGAAUGUCAUCUGAUCACAGAGCAUAAAACAUACCUUAUGACUUAUGUGACAGACUCACAGCUCAGAAAUCAACUUGUGAAUAUUGAUGCUUGCAGCAAAUAGCCCAAGCAACUCACAGACAGAUGAGGUUGUGCUUGUGAUCUGCCAUAGCUUCUGCCAUGAUCUCCACAUCCGUACACCAGAAUGUCAAAAGAUGUGAUGCUGAUCCCUGUGCAACCUGCCUCUAAGACAUGCCAGUCCUUCAAAAGCAUCUUGAUUCCACUAUGACAUCAGGUGCUGCUUCCCCCACAUUUGUACAGAAAGAGAAAGGAAAGCAAAAGGGAGAAGAUAAUGAUAUGAUAAUCAACUGAUCAGGCAUACAUGAACAACAUUACCAAGAAGACUCCCUCACAUAAAUGAAUCCUACAGCUAUCCUCUGAUCCUACUUUCCCCGAGGGAGGAGGAGUAGGUAAACAACAUGAAGCAAAACUUGGCAUCAUCAGUUAGAUUUAUUUUGCUGCUUUUUCUGAACAUAGAGUGUUUGAAUGAGCAAUCACCUCCUGGAAAGCCUGAGGUCUUGAAGUGUCGUUCUCCAGAAAUGGAAACCUUUACUUGCUGGUGGAAGCCUGGCUCAGAUGGAGGACUUCCUACCAACUACACUCUGCUCUACAACAAGGAAGGAAAAGAACAAAUUUAUGAGUGUCCAGAUUACAGAACUGCAGGUCCCAAUUCCUGUUACUUUGACAAAAAGCACACCAAUCUCUGGACAUCUUAUAACAUUUCUGUAAAGGCAACUAAUGAGGUGGGAAGUAACAUCUCUAACCCUCAUUAUGUGGACGUGACUUCCAUAGUUCAGCCAGAUCCUCCCAUAAACCUGUCUCUGCAAGUAAUACAAUCAGCUGGGAUAGUGUAUCUUUGGGCAAAGUGGUCUCCACCUCCAUUGGUUGAUGUCAGAUCUGGUUGGCUUAUACUUCAUUAUGAAUUACGCCUAAAGUCUGAAGAAAGGGAAGAGUGGGAGACUAUUUUUGUUGGACAGCAAGCACAUUAUAAGGCGCUUAAAUUACAUCCUGGAUUGAAAUACAUUGUACAGGUUCACUGCAUGCUAGACCAUGGAGAAUGGAGUGAAUGGAGCUCAGAAAGUUACAUUCAGAUCCCCAAUGGGCAGCCCCCUGGAAAGCCUGAACUACUGAGGUGUCGUUCUCCAGAAAAGGAAACUUUUACUUGCUGGUGGAAGCCCGGCUCAGAUGGAGGACUUCCUACCAACUACACUCUGCUCUACAGCAAGGAGGGAGACAAAUCAAUCAAUGAAUGUCCAGAUUACAGAACUGCAGGCCCCAAUUCCUGUUACUUUGAUAAAAAGCACACCUCACUUUGGGCAAUCUAUAAUAUCACCAUAAAGGCAACCAAUAAGAUGGGAAGUAACCUCUCUGAGCCUCAAUAUGUGGAUGUGACUUACAUAGUUCAGCCAGACCCUCCUGUGAACCUAUCUCUAGAAGUAAAAAAACAAGUAGAUGGAAAACCGUAUCUGUUGUUGAAAUGGCAUCCACCUCCACUGGCUGAUGUCAAAUCUGGGUGGCUUACUCUUGAAUAUAAGUUGCGACUAAAACCUGAAGAAGGGGAUGAAUGGGAGACAAUUUUUGUUGGACAACAAACACAAUACAAGUUGUUUAGUUUAAAUCCAGGAAAGAAAUACCUUGCACAGGUACACUGCAAACCGGACCAUGGAGAAUGGAGUGAAUGGAGCUCAGAAAGUUAUAUUCAAAUCCCCGGUGACAUAGAGUUGAAGGAUAUGAUUGUCUGGAUCUUUGUGGCUGUAUUAUCAUUUGUCAUUUGCUUAAUCAUUAUCUGGAUGAUGGCUUUGAAAGGCUUUAGUAUGGUAGCCUGCAUCUUACCACCAGUCCCCGGGCCCAAGAUAAAGGGACUCGAUACACAUCUGCUAGAGACAGGGAGGUCCGACGAGUUUUUGAGCGCUCUGGGUUGCCAAGACUUCCCUCCAACAUCAGACUGUGAGGACCUACUGGUAGAAUUUCUGGAGGUAGAUGACAGUGAGGAUCAGCAACUAAUGCCAAGUCAUGAAAAAGGUCAUCCCAGUAAAAAUAUGAAGUCAACACACAAGGAAACAGACAGUGACUCAGGGAGAGGGAGCUGUGACAGCCCUUUCCUACUCUCUGACAGGAGCAGGGAGCCCAGAAUCCCUCCAUCAGCAUUUCAAACACCAGAUAUCAGUGAAAUUUCAGAAAAUAAUGCAAGAAAAAGCAGCUGCGAAAUUCAGAGCACAGACCUAAAAGGGAAAAUACCUUAUUUUAGCAUUGGUAGUACAAAGUUAUCUACGUGGCCUGGAGCUCAGCUAUCUAACAAUCAGACUCCUAAAUGCUCCUACCACAACAUUACGGAUGUUUGUAAGAUAGCCCUUGGCACCAUGAAUGUGAAUGUUACAUCAAUUUUGGGGGGAAAUGAAGAAAAUCAACAGUCACAAUAUUCUAAACCCACUGAAACUAUCAGUGAGGAAAAACUGGACAAGCAAGGAGAAGUGGAGAGCUUGCAUUCCAAAGCUGACCAAGACAGAAUGCAAUUGCUGCCCAGUGAGAAGUCACCUUUUUUGUCUGCUAAACUAAUGGAUUAUGUAGAAAUUCACAAAGUCAACCAAGACGGGGCGUUAGCUGUAUUGCCAAAACAGAAAGAAAAUGGUGGCAAAACUGAAAACUGUACUGUCCCUGGAAACAGCAAGGAAUAUGCAAAGGUCUCAAGGGUUGUGGACAACAGCAUUCUAGUAAUAAUACCAGUUUCAAGAGUUCAGACCACACCUAUGUUUCAAGAACCUCCAAAGGAAUCUGUUCAGAUCCUUCAACAGAGUCAAACAGAGAAAAAUAUGAGCUAUUGUUUUACAACUCCAAGUGAGUGCAAAAUAGACACUGGUGGAUUAGAUUACCUGGAUCCAACUUCCUUUAUGUGCUCCUUUAAUUAACUGAAAGUUCGAUUAUCCUUCUUCAGGUAACACUACAGAGUAAAUUAAAUGCAAUUAAAAUGGAAUGUUCUAGUAUGUGGAUUACAUAGAAUUACACUACUAAAGCUCAGUUGUAGCUCACACCUUUCUAUGUUUUCUACUAGCUGAUUGCAGAACAAAUGAUUUCAUUUCGAAUUCUGAUUUAUAGAUUUACUUUUGUUAAUAGUUAUGUACAGUAAAACAAAAGUAUGUGACAUGGUUUCUUGGAAAGGGGUAUAAUAAAGAGAAAAAGGGGAUUUGUAGGUUGAUGUAAUAGAAUAAAUAAACCUCAGAUCAUUAAAAUAGAUUUUCAAUUUAGGAAGAAAGGACAAGGAAGUGGAUAUUAUGUGCCAUGGAAACCUACAAUGUAAACAAAUUGUUGAACUUCGCAUUUCUUCUAUUAUUUGAUGAAAACUAGCCAAAUAUUGCAGGUUCAACAAAGAUACAAAAUUGGGGGAGGUUGGUCAGUAUACCAUGAUUAAGGCUAAGAUUUUGUCAUGGAUAUUUUUAGUAAAAGUCAUGGACAGGUCCUGGACAAUAAAGAAAAAUUCACAGAAGCCCAUGACCUGUCCAUGGCUUUUACUAAAAAUAUCCGUGACAAAAUGGGGAGCUGCAGAGUCCCGACACCACCCACGUGGCUGGGCAGCUCAGAGCUCCCGGGGCCCCACUGCCUGCGGUGGAUCAGAGCUCGCAGGGGCCCCAAGCUACCCUCACCACCGUUGGGGGCAGAGGGACCCUGCAACUCCCAGCCGCUGUGGGCUGAAGUCAUAGAGGUCUCUGGAAGUCCAGGAUUCCCUGACUUCCGCAACCUCCAGGACAAAAUCGUAGUCUUACCCAUGAUUGUUCAUACAGUUCUUAGACCCUGUAUACUGCUGAUGAACUACUAUGGCAUACAGUGUAUUUUUUCUUAAUGAAUUCUAAACACUGGUAUAGGUUUUUCUAUUAUAUAUUUUUCUCAAUCCUAAAAAAAAAAAGUUAGUUUUUUGGAUGGUGACGAUUUCAUAUAUAAAAAAUAAUAUAUUAAAGUAAUUGUAGCAAAGUAGUAAAUCACUCUCAACAUAUUUUCCUGCUUCUUUUCAAUAUGAUGAAUAAACUACAUCCCACCCAUCUCUUAGCCAAAUAGAACUGAACAAUGUUCACUUUUAUUGAAAGAAAAGAACACUAUUUGAUAGACUGCCUUAUUGUACAUAAUAUAAAAAUCUACUUUAGUAAAAGCCCAUGAGUUCAAAAUGUAUUUUUGAAGACUAUUUUUCUAAAGUAAAAAUAAAAUAUUUUCUAACUUCCCAGAACUAUUUACCUACCUGGCAACUUCACUGAUUUUUUCUGCUGAUGCAGGAAGAGGUGAUAAGAAGUGAAGCUAUCAUUUCAAUAGUGAAACACCAAAAUAACUAAAGGAGACCUGUAGAAUAAUGAAGGAUAUGAAGUAACUUUUGAAUUUAUAUUUCUAAUAGACUGUAGAUGUAAUACAAUGAAUUGAGAAUUAUGUAGUCCAUUUAUUUUAUCAACUAUUCCUGUAAAACCAAGUGGAAUGCUAGGUUUGGGGGGCUUUGUCCCUCCCUAAAUUGCUGUCUCCCUGCUGGCCUUUGGACUGUUCCAUAGAAGUAACUGUGUAAAGUCAAUCUGUGAUGGAAUGACAUCCCCCUACAUCGUAAAAGAUAGACUUUUCCCUGAGCCAGGGAGGACAUUUUAAAGAAGUUACGUUUGCCAAAAUCAAUAUCUCCCUGUCCAAGCUCAAUAGGAUGAAGAGCCAUGACCCCUGAUGUCAAAGAGCCUCUACUCUGCUAAAAUUAAGGAGGAGGAGGGGUCAUACAUUUGAUCUGGGGCAGUUCCUCCAUAAUGAAAAUGGACCAAUAGAGCCUUCUGCCAUUGCUAGUAACUGAGGCUGGCAGGAAGCACCCCAAUCACCCCAAAAUGACAACUGGAAAUAAUGGCACUCCUUUUCUGGCCCUACCCCCCACCCAAAGAAAACCUUAAUUUUCUAAAGGAAAAUACAGUCAAAUAAUGAUUUAUUUGUCUCCAUUGCAAUUGGGCUAAGUACAGAUUACACUUAGCUGAGUAACAUCCAUAGGUAUAGUGGCCCAGUGGCAUGGAGAAGAGGGUCAGGCUGAGGAUAGAGCAUUGUGUUGUGCAAGUGAUGGGAAAUAUAUUUACAGGACAUGCACUCACCUUCCCUAUCCCACCUCUUUCCCUCAACAGCUCUGGAGUUUUCCAGUAGGCACCUUUUCGGCCUUGUGCACUGAGUCAGCUGCUUAGCCAACGUACAGAAGGGCCCAUCUAGUAGGGCCCACACAUACUACCUUCGAGCCAGAGGAAAGCCCCUCUCUGUUCACCUAUCCACUUAACUUUGACACAGUAAGACUUUGGAGAGGCAUUAUUUUUUAAAAGAACACUACAUUAUGUAGAUAUAAAAUACACUCUGUCUGUGUGUGUGUGUGUGUGUGUGUUUGUCUAUCUGUCUACACAGUGAUCACCCUUAAAAUAUUUUACUUUAUUCUGGAUAACUAGAUAACUUUAGUGCAGUGUUUGCAGUAUUUUCUGGACAUUGUAUAGGGAAUGCCAUGAUUAUUGCAGUGAAAUUAUCUAGUUAUCAAAAGGAAAAAAAAAUGGGGGGUGCACACUGAGUUAAUACACAAUGACCCUAUCUGUCUCUCUGUUUGAAAGUUCUUCAUUGGGACUUCCUAACUGUGGACUGGUACAGUCACUUCAGAUCAGACACACUCCUUUUGUUAUUACUGAUAGUCAUACCUAAGCCAAAAAAAAUUAUUAUUAAGUAUAUUAGGGCCAGAUUUUCAGGCUCACUCUAGGCCCUACGUGUCUCAUAGUAAAAAGGCAGGUUACUCAGCCACCUGUAGAUUCCCCUUGCGUAGGGGAAAUCUUUGGAGUUACAUACAGUUAGAUAGCAUAGGGAGUACAGGCAGGGAAAAAGUGAUGUGUCCGGAUACAAUGACUUCUUAGGACCAGAGGCAAGCAGUCACAACUUAGAGCAAUCUUUAGCCAUCUCGACAUUUCAUUAGGGGUUCAGUCAGUCCAUAUCCCAAGGAUCAGGAUUUUAUACUACCUUUGUCUGCUCACCUCUGUUUCUGUACUGAGCAUUGCCUGGCUGGACCAGCGAAUCUGGAUCAUUAUGAUUUUCUGGGAUAGGUCCAUUCUAGUGCAAACAUCCCACUAUUAAUUUGAAGAACAUCAGAUGAUAAGGCAUUAAGAGACGUAUUUUCAGAAACUCAACACAUGCAAACUCCAAAUUGCCAUGAGGAGAAAAUGGGCAUUUUUGCCUGCAAACACGGGUUUCUACACGCAUAAAAUGGAGGCCCCUUUGAACAUUUGGUCUAAAAUAUUUGUUGUCAUGCAAACAAGGUGCCCAAUCUCUCUCUCUGUGGGAGAUCUAAUAUACAGAUAAACAGACCCAAUGGCCCAAACCCAAAGGGAGCAGAAGGACCAUAACUGCUAUUCCAUGCAUCAGUUGGCAGAGCACCUGUGGAAGGGUUGCAAUGCAGCCUAAAGCAAGUCCAGGGACAUAGAUUCUAUCCUGCCUCCCCCGACCUCAUGACACCAGAUCACUGUGGCUUUGUACAAAGAGGUUAAAUUUCAGCUUAUGUGAAUGAGCUGCACUCUCCCUGGCCGGUUUGAAGCAGCUAGAGUGUAAUUCAGUCUAAAUACAUCUCUUGUGUGAAUUGUUUGGGUUUCCUUUUUUUAAGGGGGGUAGAGAUGUUAGAUAAUUAUACGCAAAUGAUUUUCCAAAUGAACACCCUUCUUGAAAUUCUCAAUUGCGUGUAUGUGUGCAUAUAUACACACAUUUAAAUAGUAAUUUGAUUUUAAAUAAUAAUUACUCUUCUCUGGAUGUGUACCUUCCAAAAGCCAAUGGAGUUUUGCAGAACAUGCCCUCCGAAUUUGAUCCAUUGACAUUUGGAAGGUACAUGUGCACAUCAAGUAGAGAAUAAAAAAUUAUUCUUCAGUCGGAUACUCAUAUAUUUAUGGCUGUUUGGAUGUUCAAUCAUUUAAUCUUCAUAAUGUCAAAUAGGAUUUUUAUUUACAGCUGUUUAAGGAAUAUGUUCUCAUGUGGGAAUAAAAUGAGAUUAUGUUACAGGUAGCUAUAAAUCAGGUUUCUGCAAGGGCACCUUACACUAGCCUAGAAUAAGACUUCUCACAUCACCUCUGAUAGACAGAUGGAUGAAUUACCUACCAGAAUUCUUCUCAGUAAAUAGCCCUCCAGCAGUUGCUUUGCUAUUCAAAUAUCUCACUUGGGAAAGAUGUUCAAAUAGGCUCCACACUUUUUCUAUGUCAGGUUUGUGAAUAUGUUAGAUCAAUAGUGCAUUACUUUUUAAAUAAAGUUUAAGCUCUAAACUGUAAGCAUAAAGCCUCCACUGAAAAAUGCUAAUUUGUUUUUUAAAAUACACUAAAUUACUUUUAAUUUUUUUUUAAAUUAACUACCUCCCCUUCGGGUCAAAAACAGUUUUAUAAAUAAAAGAUAUACUUUCCUUCAGUAUUGAAAAAGAUGAUGUCUCAUGUGUUUAAAUUUUCUAAUUAGGCUGUUUUUGUUUUAGCAGACACAUAUUUGAUGUAUGAUACCCUUAUUUUCUGUGUAAUGUUUGGUGCUUUUAAGUAGUUGUCUAUGUGCUUUAGUGAAUUGAGGACAUGUGGUCCCAAAACUACCUGUCACAUGAAACAUAUGAUCUCUGAAGAGUGCUCUUUAUGAUGAAAUAAUCCUUUGCAGUCAUAUUACAUACAAAUGUACAUAUCUGUCCAUAUACAGUACUAAUAUGGGAAAGUAUGUGUCUAUAGAACAAAACUGAAUAACAAACCUGUAAUCAUAAUGGAUUUGUGUUGAAGCAGUGAAUGCUAUGUAAAUGUUUUGAUGUAUGUCAGUCUAGAUCGCUUGAACUACAAAUGCACUGUAGCUCUAAAAUAUUAUUCAAAUAUUUAAAGUACAGUAACAGCAGUUAAUUAAAAGUGAAUAUUCAGCUUUUACUUUCUGACCUCUAAAGCACUGUGCAUGUGGAGUUCACGUUAUGAAGCCAGCUAAUGUGCUCAGUCAUUUUUCAUUAACUUUAAACAACUUGAAAGAGUUAUACAGGGAAACCAAAGUAACCUGGGCCAGUUAAUGGAUAACAUGUGUCCUUUCUAAAGCCAUAAGGUCAUAUUGAAAUCAAGCACAUCAUGUUAUUCGGCUCCAUAUUUUCAAAGGAAUCACUACCUCUGUUUUUUUCCCUCCCUUUAAAAAGGCAAACAGAAGCAUUUUACUUGAAGUGUCAAAUUGGAAAUAAUUAUUAUAGCAAAUACAAAAAAAAAAUCGUAUGUUACAAUUGCUUUUGUUGUAUGACAGCCUGUCAUGGAGGCACCAUUUGUGUUGCAUUAGAACAUUAAAAUGGGUUAUUAUGGAUG